AGUGAGUCAGUUAAUGAGCUAACAAAUGAAAAGUGGUAAAUUGAUUUUAAACUUGUGAAAGUUGCUCAUUAAGUCUUAUUGACUGAUUAAUGACCAGUGACAUUUGAUAUGAAAAACGGUGUGUUAUAGUGUAAUAUUUACUAAAUGUAAUCAAAAACGUCUUUUAUUUGCAUUUAAACCUCAUUUGUGUUGUAUGUGUUUAGAAAGAGCGGCAGAUUUCGAGGUUUUCAAACAUUUAAUCCCAUUAAUUUUGUGUUAAGGAGCAAAAUAAAUGGAAAAGCGCAUUACCAUGUUGUUGUUGUUUUUCAUUUGCCUGAAGUUUAGUCUCAUACUAUGUCACAUUGGCUUAUUUUGCAAUAUAUCUGUGUACAAAUGAUGUUGCUGGGAAGUGACAUCGGACUUCUUUUUUUUUUAUUGCCUAAACAACCAAAAACCCUAGAGAGUCUACAUUACCGUUGGAUCAGGUCCAUGUAGGACUUGUAAGAGGAUGGCAGUGUGCCUAUGCUUUCUGUUGAAGAUCGCAGACGUCAUAUGAGACAGCUGAGAAAAGCAUGCCUCUUUGCCUGAAGACACUACUGAUUCAGAAAGAAGGAUCGGACACCUUUGGAAAUCUAGAAAUGUGGAGCUGCAUGGUUUACAAUGAGACGAACGACAGCGUGGACCUCCGGCUCUGCCAGGACUUUGGACUCAUUCUGUCCAUCUUCUCUCUUGUGUAUCUCAUCGUCUGCUUUCCAUUGGGGCUUUGCUACAAUGCCCUGCUGGUGGUGGUUAACCUUUCCAACAAGGUCACCAUGACCAUGCCUGAUGUCUACUUUGUGAACAUAGCCAUUGCUGGCCUGGUGCUCAACUUGGUGGCUCCAGUAGAGCUUCUGGGGCCCAGUUUUACACGCUGGCCCAUGUGGGAGUACAACAACGAGCUCUACAUUACCCUUCUCAUUCUCUUCAACAUCUCCUCUCUGGUCAUCAUGUACUCCACAACCUUGCUCAGUCUGGACUAUUACAUCGAGCGAGCUCUCCCACGCACUUACAUGUCCAGUGUCUACAACACCAAGCACGUUUGCGGCUUCAUCUGGGGCGGUGCCAUUCUCACCAGCUUCUCUUCGCUGCUCUUCUACGUGUGCAACCACGUCUCCACUAAAAUCAUCGAGUGCUCCAAGAUGCAGAACAAAGAGGCGGCUGACGCCAUCAUGAUGUUCAUUGGGUACGUGGUGCCGGCAGUGGCAGUGCUUUAUGCAGUCGUGCUAAUCCUCCGGAUCCGGAAGGAGUCCACCCCUUUGGACCAGGACUCUGGGAGGCUCGAUCCAUCCAUCCACAGGUUGCUGCUGGCCUCCGUGUGCAUGCAGUUUCUUCUAUGGACUCCAUACUACAUGACCUUACUGGUACACACAGUGGCCGGAGCUCCUGGGAGCCAUUCCAACAGGCAGCACCUUACCACAUACUUCUUCCUGAGAUGUUUAUCUGAGCUGCUCGCCUUCUGCAGUAGCUUCGCCAUUCCCCUCAUGUACAGGCAAAUGAAUAAGAACUUUUCCCAUAAACUGCAGCGGCUUCUGAAGAGGCUGCACUGCGGGGACCAAUCGUGCCCUCACGAACGCUCAGCAGUACAGCAGGUGGUUACAUGAAGGCUCGUGUCCAGUCAGACCUGCUUCUCCCUCACUGGCACUUACUCCGAAUCCACAGAAGUAGAGCCAGCACAUGAAUCUGGAUAUAUAUUGCGUGCUGAAAGGAAGUAUUUGCUCACCACAAGGAGUGGUAUGUGUCUCUGUGAAAUUGUAGAACCUCCGUAACAUUUAACGACUUAACUUUAUUUGUCCAUCUCUGCGAUGAAUGGGCGACCAAGAAGAAACCACUAAGUGCUGUUUCUGUGUAAGCUAUGUCUAUUCUUUGGGUUCUUGGGCCUGAGGAAAAUCUCAAACCAUCUGAUGGUCCUUUCAGUGGAGGGGGGAAAUGUUGAACGUUUGUAAUCUGUUACAGGAUAUGUGGCAUAGCCUUCUAAUGUGAUGCCUUUAGACCAACCUAUUCCCUUUUAGCUCAAGGCUAUAUUUCACACCAGGCUGUCUGUGUUGUGAUCCACAACAGCAUAAGCUCUUCAGUCUGGAUUGAGUUUUCUGGUCACACUUUCUAUAAAACCUCUCUGGUAGAUGCUAGUAAAUGCAAUAUAAUUACCUCAAUUUCACACACCAACGGGCAUUACAUUGGAAUGGUCUAACCAUCUUUUACAGCACUCAGAAAUAACCCAAUGAGACUGAUAUCAUGGAGUGGGAAAGAUUGUGUGUGUUUGCGUGCUGGUGGUUGUGAGUGUGUGUUCUCGAGUGCUUGCUGCUAAGGUGAUGUGCAUCAUAACUGCACAGCUGUUCAGCCAUAUUAAAUUCAAUCAAAUGUGUAUAGCUUAUUAAGAGGAAGCUAUAGAAAUGAUCCACUAGACAAUGGAUCACAGUUUUAAGGUCAACUAGUUAGAGAUUUAAUCUUUAUUCAAUACCUUUUCAAUCAUUAGUCUGUUUACUACUGUAAUUAUUAUCCGUGCACCAUGAGGAAGUGGUUAACAAUUCAUGUUUCGAGAUGUGAAUCCAAGUCGCAAAAGUCCAGUUGAUACAAUCAAAUAUAUUUGGUUUCAUUUAACAGCUCUAUGCAGUAGAUUAUUCGGUAAAACCGCUCAAAUUUGUACUGGAGCAUAUACAGUUGAUUUCUGAAAGUACUGAUCGGACUUCAGUGCUUCUAAGCGAUGAAUCACAUUGGGAUAACAUUUCCUUUCUGGUGCGCAUAUUUAAAAGAGAUUGUUUUUAUUGAGAUUAGUUGCAUGAGCGAUUUCAUUGUAUGCAUAUAUAGAGAGAUAUGCAUCAAUGCUCUCAGUCUGAGAGAAAAUUGUAGACGUUUCCAAAAAAUAAUACUCAGAGGCAGGAUGAGAAAUAGUACAGUUUAAGCUAGUAAAUGGUGUUAUUAUCGAAAAUGUCUUUACUCUUGUUUUUCUCGAGUCAGUGGAUGCAAAAUUAGUAUAUAUUGGAGAGAAAGCACUGUAUGUGAAUGGAAGAGUGAAGAAGUGUCAUUUGAAUCCACUCAUGUUUGCAAAGGAAAGAAUGUAUUUAAAGUCAUGAAGGGGAUUAAAAUCAGUUAACCCUUAAUCAUAAAUGAUGAAACAGCAUCAAAUCGCAAUGUUAUGGCUGUUAGCGUGCUAAUGCCAGUAUGUAUCAUAUUAAGAAUGUGAAUAUAUUGUACUUCAGAGAUUUACUGG